AUUCCCGGGAUGGGGCACUGUCCGUCUGCUCACUCCCAAGGACAGAGGUGUGUGUGUGUGAGUUGGUGGGGUGGCUUCCCUCACCCUGCUCACAGGCUGCACCGAUGAUCUCUGCCUCAGAGCAGCUGGCCUUGAUGAUAGGGGGCAUCACUGGGGGACUGCUGCUGCUGAUUGGAGCCAGCUGCUGUCUGUGGAGGAGGCUUUGCACCACCUUCACCUAUGAGGAGUUGCCGGAGACACCAGACCCAGCCACUGCCUCUUCCUUCAGCAGACAAGGGGACAAGCUCAGCCAGUAUGCUGGGACCCCACCUGGCAGGCUACCAAGUGUACCGUUUGUGGUACCCCGUUCUCACCAAGGCCGAGACUGGAUGGCCCUACAUGGUGGAGAUUGGGCUCUGGCUCCACAGGACCCCUGCCCUGUCUCAGAGCACAUGCCUGAUACCUCUAGUGCCAACCCUGGAGAUGCACGUGUGAUAGGGAACAUCAACCCAGAGCUCUACAAGUCCCCAGAGGACACGAGUGAGACAGACUUCCCUGAUGGCUGCCUGGGCCGCCUGUGGUUCUCGGUGGACUACCAGCAGGAGUCCGAGCGGCUGUUGGUGGGCCUGAUCAAGGUUCGGCAACUGCAAGUUCCCUCAGAGACCUGUAGCACCCUGGUGAAGCUCCACCUGCUGCCUGACGAACGGCGUUUCCUCCAGUCCAAGACCAAACGCAAAACAUGCAACCCACACUUUGAUGAGAGCUUCAUCUUCCAGGUAUCCAGCAAAAGUGUCACCCAGAGAGUGCUGAAAUUCUCCGUGUACCAGGUGAACAAACAAAAGAAGCACCAGCUCCUGGGACAGGUCCUCUUCCCACUGAAGAAUGAGAGCCUGGCGGGGGACCGCCACCGUGUCAUCUGGAGAGACCUGGAAGCUGAGAACCUGGAGCCCCCCUCAGAGUUUGGUGAUCUCCAGUUCUGCCUCAGCUACAACGACUACCUGAACCGCCUGACUGUGGUUGUGCUCCGUGCCAAAGGUCUCCAGCUCCAGGAGAACAGGGGUGUUGUCAGUGUGUUUGUCAAAGUGUCUCUGAUGAAUCACAACAAAUUCGUGAAGUGCAAAAGGACUUCGGCUGUCCUGGGCUCUGUCAACCCUGUGUACAAUGAAACCUUCAGCUUCAAGGCCGACACCAGUGAGCUGGACACUGCCAGCCUUAGCCUGACGGUGCUGCAGAUCACAGAAGGGGACAAGAGCUACCCACUGGGCCGUGUGGUCGUGGGCCCCUACAUGUACGCCCGAGGCAAAGAGCUGGAGCACUGGGACCAGAUGCUUCACAAGCCCAAGGAACUGGUGAAGCGCUGGCAUGCACUCUGCCGCCCCACAGAGCCCUGAGCCGUCCCCAGGACCUCAUCCGGCUUUGGAAACUCAUGUCUUCAU